CGUCUGGAGGAGGUCUGCAGAAGUCUGGAAGCUGGAGGAAGAGAGGGAGGUCCCGGGCUGCGCUGAGGAGGCAGGACUUUCUGGCUCCGCGUUGCGCUCCGACACCAGAGGUCCGCUUUAAUAUCAGAGGACUGGAGGCAGGUCGGCUUUUAACACCGCGCAGACACAGAGACUGCAUGCGCUCCCGGACAGACGAGCAUCAGUGCGCAAAGCGGAUCUUUGGACUGAUACCUCACAUGUAGUGUUUUUCUCACUUUGUUGCACUGUUCCAGGUUUUAAAUCUCUGUGCUUCUCUUUGGACACUCACCACAGGGAGUUGUGACAGUUUUUAGCCCAUCAGUGACUUUUUUCCUACCAUGAGUUCAGUUUUUCUAACAGACGCGCUGUCUCCUGCACGCAGCCGCGUCUUUGUCAUUUUAAUUUCGCUGUAAUUACCGCGCGUCUGGCUGAUUGUCGCUCUGCAUUUCAGAGCAACUUACCAGCUGAAGAGUCUGUCUGCUGUUUCCAAGGCAGGCGCUGAUUUGGGGACUUCUUAUUUUUAUUGGGAUAUUUUUAUUCUCUUCCUGGAGCGAUCCGAUGAUGUCGCCCCUCUGCUUGAACUCUUCCUCCUGGUCCACCUGUAGGUUUUUCCUCUGCUUCUUGUGGCUGCUACAAACGCCUCGCUCUUCCUCUCCGCUAAUUACAGGCACUGAAGCCAGCUGUGAGAAUGAAGGCGAGGUGCUGCACAUCCCCAACAUCACAGACAACCCCUGCAUCACCUGCGUCUGCCUGGACGGGAAAGCAGACUGUAAACAGGAGAAAUGUCCGCUGGUGUCUGAAGACUGUGCCCUGGUGGUGAAACAGACCGGCGCCUGCUGUGAGAGGUGUAAAGGCUGCAUGUUAGAUGGACGCUCCUAUAACAGCUCUGAAUCCUGGAUGACCUCCACCAAGCCCUGCAUAACCAGACGCUGUCAGGAAGGUGUGAUCACAGAGGCAGAGGUGCAGUGUGUCAUUCACUGCAAGAACCCAAAACACCAUCCGAAAAAGUGCUGCCCAACCUGCCCCAGUUGCAUCUUUGAGGGCCGCCUUUAUAAAGAGAAAGAGGAGUUCAGCCCUGAAGGGAAACCCUGCAUCAAGUGCACGUGCACAGGAGGGCGAACUCUCUGCAUGAAGGAGGUAUGUCCUGUGCUUUCAUGCCCCGCUCAUCUGAGCCAAACCCCCCCUGGACAGUGCUGUCCCAGGUGUAUAGGUCAGAGGAAGGUGUUUGAUCUGUCUUUUGGAAGUUGUCUUUUCCACAGUGAUGUCUAUGAGAACGGUACCUCCUUUAUGCUUGACAACUGCACCGCCUGCACAUGCAAGGAUUCAACGGUGGUGUGCAAAAAGCGGUGCUCACGUCCAGGCAGCUGCCAGGGCAGUCAGUGCUGUGACGAAUGUCUGUCUCAUGUGAAGGUGGAGGAGGUGAAGUACUGCAGAGUACGGAAUAAAAUCUACAGGGAAGGGGACAUGUGGUCGUCAGUGAACUGUACUCUUUGUGCCUGCGUUAAAGGCUCUAUUGAGUGUCGGCCCAAACAGUGCGUGCCAAUCACCAGCUGCCCCUCGAAUAAGAUCCUGAACAGAACCGGAUGCUGCCCUGUUUGCACUGAAAAACCUGGAGUGUGCACGGUCUUUGGUGAUCCUCACUACAACACCUUUGAUGGCAGGACCUUUAACUUUCAGGGAACUUGUCAGUACGUGCUGACGCGUGAAUGUGGCGGGAACCAAGCUGGAACGCCUGGAAACGGCAUCAUCAACCCGGAAUCCAGCUUCACGGUUUUGGUGAAGAACAAUGCUCGGCGAACUCGCUCCUUCUCCUGGACUCAGUUUGUUGAGGUUCGACUUGGUGCUUUGAGCCUCAGCCUGCAUCAGCACCUGACAGUUCGUAGGAAUGGAACCCGCAUUGCGCUGCCGUACCACGGCCCUGGGGUGCACAUUGACCUGGACGGGUACCUGCUGAAACUCACCACCAUCGCAGGUCUGGAAAUCACAUGGGAUGGCGACAGUUUUGUAGAAGUUGUUGCUGCUCCCCACCUGCGUGGUCGCCUCUGUGGGCUCUGCGGGAACUACAAUGGUCAGAAGCGUGAUGAUACCAUCGGGGGCGACGGACAGUUAAAGUUUGACACUGAUGAGUUUGCCGAGUCGUGGCGAGUCGAUGGAAACGACGUUUGCGCCCAUCAGCAUCCACCUCGCAGGUCGACGUCUCACCUGUGCGCCGGCACUGUCAAAGUUAAGCUCCGGGCGCACAGAGAAUGUCAGAAGAUAAAGUCGUGGGAGUUUCAAAGGUGCCAUCGUGUGGUCGAUUUUGGACCUUUCUACAGGUCCUGUGUGACAGACAUGUGUGAGUGCCCGGUCCAUAAAAACUGCUACUGUGAGUCUUUCCUUGCCUACAGCCGAGCCUGUGAGAGAGAAGGAGUGCCUGUACUCUGGAAGGCUGACAACGUCUGCAUGGCCACCCAGUGUAAACACGAUGCAGUCUAUGACACCUGUGGACCCGGAUGCAUUAAAACCUGCGACAAUUGGAAUGAGAUCGGCCCGUGUCAUAAACCCUGCGUGGCUGGCUGCCACUGCCCCGCCAACCUGGUGCUGUUCCAGGGACGCUGCAUCAAGCCCACAUCCUGCACUGGACGGUGACCCUUGUUACCUCUGACUGGGUGCGGGGACUCAUUUAGGGAAACUCAUCUUUCCGUAAAGUCCAAACAAGAGGGCCAACUAACAGACGACCCUGAUGGGUUCAAGUCAAGCAAGCUAAUGCACAAUGGUACUCAGGGUCCAUAAUGUUGCAGAGAAAUGAUUUAACAUGAGAGAACCAAACAACAGGGACAGACUGACUCUCAGCAUGCAGUCUCUGACGUUUUUGUGCCUCUUCUGAUGCCAGGUACUGUGACACUUUUUGAAGAAAAACAAAUUCUCAAGAGGAAACUCAGGGCAUCAUCUGGGGAUUUUUUUUUUACCUCAUAUCUGAGGACCGUUCAGCUUAAUGCUUUGUGGCCUUUGAGAAACUGCUUGGACCAGAGGACUCGUCUCUGAGCCGAUGGGGCACCUUCUAGCAAAGACAGAAAUCUGAAACACUGGGUAUUUGGAUUUGUGCAUUAAUGAGAAACUUUCUAAUGCAUCAUAUUAAGCUGCCCGGCUGAUCUCUAUUCCAUCAGUGCAUACUGUAAGCUAACCAGAUUCAUAUAAGAGAAAAAAAAACCUGCUUUUAUAUUAUUAUUGCUCUAAUUAAUAUUAUGUGUUGUUAAUGUUAAUUUAUAUAUCCUUCAUUGACAUGUUGUAGCAAGAGCCAGAAUCAAGAAAUCUAAUUUUGUUUGAUUUAAAGGGAAACAAAAAGCUAUUUAUGUAUUUGUUGUGUACUUUUGUGUUACUGUUUGAAGAGAAAUGCCCAAAUGUGACUCAGUUAUUGCACCAUCGCAGGGAAUAAGUACUGUAAUGUAUUAAAGCUCCAUGUACAGUUUGUUGUGGAUAGUAUAAAACUGAAGGUGUUCAUGUAAACAAAUGUUUUACUUGAUCAUAACUAUUUAAAACCAGCAAUAUAUCAUUUUCUGUUUCCUCUG